GGAUCCUCGCACCAACAGCGGCUGAAUGUUGAGACAGCCUUUCUCCCACCUUCUCUGGGAAUCUCUAGCAAAGUGCUGCUGAGAGCCGGGAGCAAGCAACCAUCGCCCACCCCCUACCGUCUGUCUGAGGGGUUAGGCUCACUAAGAUGGCUAACAGGGGUCCGAGCUACGGCUUAAGCCGAGAGGUGCAGGAGAAGAUUGAGCAGAAAUAUGACGCGGACCUGGAGAACAAGCUGGUGGACUGGAUCAUCCUGCAGUGUGCUGAGGAUAUAGAGCACCCGCCCCCGGGCAGGACCCAUUUUCAGAAAUGGUUGAUGGACGGGACGGUCCUGUGCAAGCUGAUAAACAGUUUAUAUCCACCAGGACAAGAACCCAUCCCCAAGAUCUCAGAGUCAAAGAUGGCUUUUAAGCAGAUGGAGCAAAUCUCUCAGUUCCUGAAGGCUGCCGAGGUCUAUGGCGUCAGGACCACUGACAUUUUUCAAACAGUGGAUCUAUGGGAAGGGAAGGACAUGGCAGCUGUGCAGAGGACUCUGAUGGCUCUGGGAAGCGUUGCAGUUACCAAGGAUGAUGGCUGCUACCGGGGAGAGCCGUCCUGGUUUCACAGGAAAGCCCAGCAGAAUCGGAGAGGAUUUUCAGAGGAGCAACUUCGCCAGGGACAGAAUGUCAUAGGCCUGCAGAUGGGCAGCAACAAGGGUGCCUCCCAGGCAGGCAUGACGGGGUACGGGAUGCCCAGGCAGAUCAUGUAAGAUGUUGUAUAGUGAGUGCCCCCUGGUAGAGAGGACGGAUGUUCCGCACCACAGUCUGUGACAAAGAAUUAGGUAGUCACCUUCUCACCUUCUCUUUCUCAAAGCCUUCUGUCCCCUGUUCUUGCAAAGUGCUGCACUUCUGCUGAGAAUCCACGCUGCCUACUGCUGCCUACUGCUGCCACCUUCUGUUCCUUUAGAACUAUGCAAAGACUGCCCUUCCUCUCGCUGACCUCCUGUGCCCUAAGAUCUCAGUUUGUUUGAUUAUUUAUUUAUUUAUUUGCCAAAAAAAAUUUCUCUCCUUGACUUACAGAACGUACCUAAUAAACAAAUUAGUCUGUG